CCUCCAGCACGCCCUUGGCUUCCUGCCGGCGAAUGACGCGGUCCGGACAAGCGUGCUGGCCGGCCGCUGGCGCCACGCCUGGAGAUCCAUCCGCCGCCUGCACAUCAGCCCCAAGGACGGGUGGGACAGGCCCCAACAUCUCAAGGAUUUCUUGGACGCUCUGCUGCCCCCCGGCGACCAUGGCGUGCUGCAAAGGAGGUGAGCUGGGGCAGUGCUGUGGCAGCUGUGCAGAAUGUACUGGUGACGAUGACCAUAGCGGCCGCUGCGUGCUUCUUGGAGGCUUGUCGGCUGCUGUGAAUUUGGAGCUGGUAGCUCACGCUGGAAUGGCCGGAGGAAGGAGACGAACCGAGUGUAAGGGGAGACAAGAGAAAUACUUACAUGUGUCCAUCCAUGGCGUCAGAGCAGCAGGAGAGCGGCGUCCCAGGAGGGAAAGAAGGAAGCACACGGAACACCUGCACGCGCGCACAUCAGGGAGGGGAGCGGCUCCAAUCGAAACCUGUUCAGAUAGCAUAGCAACACACACAGUGGUUAGUGGAGACGGUAGAAAAGUUAAACAACAGACAUACGGAUUGCUGUGGAAAUUUGCAGGAGAAUCAUUGUCUGUCGCAUACAUGGCUAGAAUAAUUUUCAGGUGCAUAUACUGCGGCACCCUUUCGAAAAAACACAUGUUAAAUAUGCACCUUUUGAGAACAUUUUCAUUUGUGGUUCUAUAUUAGCUGCUGAUACAGGUAAAGAAGUGUAUCAUAUAUGAUGUUAGUCUGAAACCACCAUCGCCCAUUAUGAAAAAAAAUAGCUUGAGAGGUGAUAAAGAAUUAUUUCAAGAGUUAUUACAUGGUCUGGGAAUGCAACCGUCUCAGAUUUGAAUGUGUCUAGAAGAUGAAUGUAUCAUCAUCAUCUUAGAGUUAGCAAAACAUCACCAUCGUGGUGGUGGGUUGUCAGGUUAGCAACGCUGCACUUUAUUAGAAUAUAAAGAAGGGUAUGUUUCUAAAAUGCUUAAAAUAUGGAUGUCAGCUGCCCUUAGCUUUGCUUCCAACAGUUUGAAUGGAGGAAAUGUGAAGUAGUAACCCCACCUUACUAGCGCACAUAGCAAGGCCCAAAGUCAGGCGGAGAAUGCAGUGCAAGUUACAGAGGUGUAUUAGGUGUUGACAAUUAAGGCCAACUGUAGGACACAUUCAAUUUGGCAGUGUCUUGAGCAUACAUAACACAAAUACACAUGCUGAUGAUGUAUUUGAA